UCCCAGGACCCUGAGAUCAUGCCCUGAGCCAAAGGCAGACGCUCAACGACUGAGCCACCCAGGCACCCCUGUAUUCCUAAGUUCUUAAUAGAAAUACUGCAUUUGACAGAACCAAGGAUAGAACCAUUUCCAUACCAUUAAGACCUUCCCUCCAGCUUAAUAUUGUAUGAUUAUUUAAUCAGCUGUGAAACUUCUAGCCACUUAAUUAUCCACUUAUAUUUUAUAUCUGUUCACAGGAUAUCCUAAGAUACUUUAUUAAGUGCUUCACUGCAAUCAAGAUUCAUGAAGUUUAUCUCCUUCCCCCUAGCCACCACCUAAUUAGCUUUUUCAAAAAAAUUAGUUAGGUUCCUUGAAUGUGGGCAUGUUAAGGAUCCCAUGCUGGCUCCUUGUGACCGUUGAUUCUUUCUCCAACUGUUCAAAAACUGCCUAGUAAUUUGCUGAAGUUUUUUUUUUAUUUAACACUUAUAAUAAUUUACAAAUACCAAUUUAUAAAAUCCAGUUUGAAUAUAAAUUUUAUCUCCAGUAUACAGAUGUGAAAGUUGAGGCAGAGAGUGAGGCAGAUUAAACGAAUUGCCCAGGGCCCCCUAGUUAGUAAUGACGGAGCGAGAGGAAAGCAGCAGUUGGCUACAGAAUCGUGCCUCUCAUUUAUGUGGCUCUAAGAAAGAAUUUGUUUUGAUAUCCAGUGGUGCUUACCUGACUAUGAAUUUUAAGACUGAUAAGUCUGUGGGAGAAAGAGGUUUUAAAGUUAUUUUGGAAGAUAUAGUUCAGAAGCAUUCACAAAAAAGUAAUAUGGGGACCCAACUGCCUAUCACUGAGAUAAUCUUAGGAAGCAAUACUGGGAAACAGCCAAACCAAGGCACAUUUGGAAUUCCAGUUGUUGACCCAUUUCUAAUGCAAGGGUUUGAGAGAAACACACAUGUGCGGCCAGCUGAGCCUGGGGAGCCCCCGACAGUGGGUGGCCCUGCAGCCCGGGCACGGUCGUGGCCCUGGCUGGUCAGCCUGCAGCACCACGGACAACAUUUCUGCGGCGGCGCUCUGAUUGCGAAGCAGUGGGUCCUGACCGCGACGCGCUGUAAUUUUAGAGCGCAGGAGUUGCUCAGAGGUGAAUUCCUUUCCUUCUUGCUCCACUCUACUGAUCAUCCUACCCACUCUCAAACACUGUCACAGAUGGCCUCGUAAUAGGAAGAAGUUUCCUCUCAAACACACAGAAUAGUGAUUUGAUACCAGUGAAAGCUGUUUAUACUCACCCUGGCUUUGCACAGUUCCCUUCUGAUGAUCUCUCCUUGCUGCAGCUGGAGAAACCUGUCCAAAUAGGAGAGUUUGUAUCUCUAAUAUGUUUGCCAGGGAAAGACGAUAAAAUAAACUUACUUUCCAAAUGUAUGACUGCUGGAUGGGGAAUAACUGAGCCAUAUCGACUGUACUAAAGACAAAAGAACCCACGUAGAGUGUCAUUUGUUGUUCCUGUUGUAUAAGCCAUCAUGGAGCAGUACCAGCUUUUUACAAACCGCCUAACAACGUCAUUACAGUGCCGAGAGGAGAGAAUGGGUGGGGUUACCCUCGGAAUCUGUCUGUAUAUAGGGCUAUUUUUGUUGUAUCCUUUAUGAGCAUUUGCCUAGGUUCUAUGUUUUAUUCCUUUUCUACUAGAAGACGAAUUUUCUAAAACGGUGCAGGAGGCAGCGGUAUUACUGAUCAGCAGUACAUCUUGUCGAAGCUGCUGGGGGCUGGAUAUUAAAAACACCAACAUAUGUGGAGGGGCUGCGGGCUCAUCCUCGCUCAUGGUAAUUCAAGGACACACUGAUGAGUGUGGUGUUCUUCUCACUGUGUCUCAUGAAUGGGUGUUUGCUGACCAUAAAGAGGUAUAAAAUAUAUGGUAGUUUUAAAUUGAAAAGUGAGAAGAAUAAGUACAUUGCUAAGCUGAUGUACUGUCAUUGCAAAUUUGGUCCUUGAAGGGAACACAGUUCUCAAAAGGAAUUGAUUGUUCAUUUGCUUGGUUGACUAUGUGAAAUUGAUGACAUUCAGCUGUUUUUAGCCUAUAAAAAUUAUUAUGGCUCAACUUCACAGCUGAAUUAGGCAGCUCAAAGAACCUACUUCUAGUAGCAUUGGAAAUAUAAAGAUAUUUUCAUGUAACUCAAAGCUAUCAUUUAGUCAUUGGUAUUUCAUAGAUGCUUGAAACUUUCUGCAAGUCACAGUCUAUUGUCAGCGUUAAAGGACUGUGUUAAAUGUACCUUUUAGCCACUCUCUGAAAAUAUAGAUUUAGAUCUGAUUCAGAGACCCGUAACAUCUGCCAACGGCCUAGUUCCCCUCCGCUGCUGUGAGCAGAAAUCAGAGAUGAGGGAAUGAGGCACUGUCUGAUCACCCUACAGUGGAGCUUAGCAUUGACCAUGAAUCAAGCAACCAGCAGAACUUUCCUUUUUGCGGGUUGCAGGGAGAUUCUGGAGGACCGCUGCAGCGCGCCCACAACGGACAGUACCAGCUCAUCGGUAUUGGGAGCCGGGGCAGCAGGAACUGCCAGCCCACCGCACCCACGGUCUUUGCCAGAAUUUCUGCCUAUAGGGACUGGAUCGCAUCUGUCACUGGAGGAGAAGCGUGAUCACUGAGAGAGUAGCCUGGUGGGGUUGUGUCCAUAAAUGGGAAAGGAAGUCCCCAACAGUAUACCCAAGAAAUAAGUCUCUUCUUAGCGCCUAAGACUCCGUGUCAUUCCUCCAGCCCUUGUCAUU